UGUUUAUGAAAAAAACAUAAGAUGACCGAUGAAUUGCGACAUUGACGAAAACAGUUUGAUAAUACCUAUUUAGGACUUGAUAUUCAUAAAUACAUGCGAUUAUUGGUCAAGUGCUAAUCUGAGCUAGGCAAUCUAUGUGAUCCAUGUGUAUCUAUCACCUUCGCAUCAUCCACCUUGUCCCACAUUAGCCGUGUGUGAGAACAGUAAGUAAAACAUACCUAGUCGAACCCGUGCGAACGGAUGACAUAUUCGAGCUAAGAAACGAAUACCUAGGUAGGUAAGGUUAAGCUACCUAAAGGUAUAUUUAAUACUUGACGUCGUGCACCUACCCGGCCUUGACCGGACUUCUUCCCUCCUUUCUAUCUUCCUUCUCGUCUUCUUUUUUGUGGUUCGUGAUACCCUCCUCUUUCUUCCCAUACCAAGUACUUCUCACCAAGUCUUCGUACUACCUUCAUAUUAAUUACAAUGGCUGACUCUCGAGCUGCACCCCUUCGUCUGGGUUCCAUCGCCCCCAACUUCCAAGCCGAGACCACUAAAGGUCCUAUUGACUUCCACGAGUUUGUCGGCGAUGGCUGGGUUGUCUUCUUCUCUCACCCCGAAGAUUUCACUCCUGUCUGCACCACUGAGCUCGGCGCUUUCGCCAAGCUUGAGCCCGAAUUCACCAAGCGAGGUACUAAGCUGAUUGGUCUAUCCGCCAACACUCGUGGUAGCCAUGAGAGCUGGAUUAAGGAUAUCGACGAGGUCACUGGUGGCCACGUUGCUUUCCCUAUUAUUGCCGAUAAGGAGCGCAAGGUUGCCUACCUCUACGACAUGAUCGACUACCAAGACACCACCAACGUCGACGAGAAGGGUAUUGCCUUCACCAUCCGAUCCGUCUUCAUCAUCGACCCCAAGAAGACCAUCCGAACCAUCCUCUCAUACCCCGCUUCUACCGGCCGAAACUCGGCCGAGGUUCUACGCAUUGUCGACUCCCUUCAGGCCGGAGACAAGCACAAGAUCACCACCCCGAUCAACUGGGUCCCCGGUGAUGAUGUUAUCGUCCACCCCAGCGUCAAGUCCGAACAGGCUAAGGAGCUAUUCCCCGAGUUCCGCACUGUCAAGCCCUACCUUCGAUUCACUCCUCUGCCUAAGGAGAAGGCUACUGUCUCGUAGAUGGUUAGACCCCUGGAAGGGAAUAGUUUUGGCUUAAUAUGAGGAUGGAUUCUAUAUGAUGCGCCCUCACAACGUUCAUCUAAUUUGAUGUGUUGUAAAAGGUCGUGUUAAAGAAGUGUCUUUUUUUCCGCAACUCUUCACGUUGGGAGUACGGCGGCCGCGACGAAAUACUAUUAAUUAAUUAAGAAAAAAAAUUUAAAGACUUCUCCUAUCCUUGUUUUAGUUUCGCCUUAAGUCAAAAUCUGUUCAUGUCGUGGCAGGCAAGUGUCGGCUAGUUUUCUGACUUGUUGCCUUGGCUAAGCUUGGCAUUGUUGUAGAAGCUUAUGAUUUUCAGAUAAGUCAACUAUUAUAGAACCGACGAUAUAUCCCAUUGAGUGAAUGAUUUGCGCCGGGACCCGUUCAUUAUUAAUUAUGAUAAGAAUAUAAUGGAUUGGUUAUUUGGUUACCCC